UUAUUUAUUCCUUAUUAUCCUCCUAAACCUAUUUUCCAAAUGUUUUGCUUUCAACACAAGUAUUUCUCUGGCCUGUCGUCUUUUCUCCUAAUUGUUCGACUUCAUUUUUGUUUGUCGUUUUAUCUCGCUGACUCCAACCCAAUUUUAUCCUUCCAUAAUCAAGUCAGAGAGGUACAUCUCUACACAGAUAAUCACAGAAGAGGGAUGUAUCUGCAGAUGACCCUGGAUGGGAGAGUGUCAGGAAGUGAUGCUCAGACUCCUCACAGUUUGCUAGAGCUGAAAUCAGUGAAAACAGGGGAAAUUGUCAUCAAGGGACAGUCAUCAUCUCUGUUUCUCUGCAUGGACAGUGAUAGUCAUUUGAGGGGGCAGGGGCUCUACUCAGAGGACGACUGCACCUUCAGAGAGCUGCUGCUGGCUGAUGGAUACACUCGUUUUAUUUCCUCGCACCAUGGAUUUCCAGUGUCUCUCGCACCAAGACAUUCCCCGGAUCGUCACACAGUCUUCACCAGAUUCCUACCCAUUAGGAACACUUUGGCACGGGAGACUGUGCCCGAACAGACGCCAAACAAUCAGAGGAGAUUCAACGUGGACUCUGAGGAUCUUCUUGGAAUGGGUCUGAAUGCUAUGGUCAGUCCUCAGUUCACAUUGGACCAGUAA